AUUGCAUCAAAUAAAUUGGGUUCCUUUCUUCAUUCGCCCCCUCAUCUUCCCGCGUUGGAGGGAAAAUAAAAUUUUAUAAUUUUCUCAAAUUCUUCUGCAGGAGCAGCUGUAAGUAGGUUUAGUUUGUGAUAUCAUUUCAAUUUCAAGGUUUUGAAUUGCUUCAGCGUCGAGGCUUACUUACUGUUUGGGGAUUUUGUUGAAAUUGGUUUUAUUCUGAUGUUUUCAGUUGAGCGGUUUAGAGAUUUGAGGAAACAAAUUUUCCUGAAGAAUGAAGAAUUAAUCCCCCAACAGUGAUAUUCUUGCCUAAAUGAGAGAUGCAGACCAAGAAGAAAGUUACUGGAAGAAAUUCUCGAGAUCUUGCUAGUCCAAGGGUUUCGAGACACCAAACGAAGUUAUCCGAAGACGUGCAAGUUCAAGCAAAGAAAGUUACAGAGCUAAUCACGUCUUCUGCUAGAAAGAAAAAAGUUGUUGGCAUUCUUCCAGAGAAAGUUGAGGAAUCCGUUGCUGCAACCAAUUUGAAUACAAGAUUCAGAUUGGUGGAGGGUGAUGAUCCAAAUGAGUGUUUUGGCAAUGACACAAUCCAUGGACUUGAUGACGCUUUUGUAAUUAAUAAGGAGCAUGAUCAUGGAACUACUCAUUGUGCGGGUGAAACUAUAUUUUCUCCUAGCUUUCAUAAUACAAGAAAUUUUGGAGGUGAAAUUUCAAGUGGAGACGUCUUCAAAUUCUUUCAGCAUGGAGACCACCAUAUUUGGGACUACGGCAAUGAGAACUUGAAGAUCAGUUGCCCUGGUGGUGGCAACCUAGCAACUGAAGUUCCAGCUAUACAUCUUUCCAUGAAAAAUUCAAACCUGAAAUGUGUUGAACAUGAAAAUCAAGAUCAUAUGGCAACUGAUGUUUGUCUAGAGGGUGAGGAAAUUGAAGAAUUCGAUGAUUUUGACCCAUUUUUUUUCAUAAAGAAUUUGCCAGAGUUGUCGGCAGUUGUUCCAACAUAUCGGCCUGUACUAUUACCAAAACAAACGAGAAGCUGCCCAUCAACAACUCUUGUUCUAGACUUGGAUGAGACCUUGGUGCACUCCACGCUUCAACCUUGUGAUGAUGCAGAUUUCACGUUUUCAGUUAAUUUUAACUUGAAAGAUCAUACAAUUUAUGUGCGCCUCCGCCCUUAUCUGAGAGAUUUCAUGGAAAAGAUAUCCAGUCUCUUUGAGAUUAUUAUAUUUACUGCCAGUCAAAGCAUUUAUGCUGAGCCACUUCUGAAAGUGUUAGACCCAAAGAGAAAAAUAUUUCGGCAUCGUGUGUACCGCGAAUCCUGUGUGCCUCUUGAUGAUAAUUACCUCAAAGAUCUUUCCAUUCUAGGUCGUGAUUUAGCACGCGUUGUUAUGAUCGACAACUCUCCUCAGGCAUUUGGUUUCCAGGUGGACAAUGGAAUACCGAUUGAAAGCUGGUUUGAUGACCGUUCUGAUACAGAGUUAUUGUCUUUACUUCCAUUUUUGGAAAGUUUAGUUGGUGUAGAAGAUGUAAGGCCUGUUAUUGCCAAAAAAUUCAACCUUCGAGAGAGAAUAGCUGCAGCGGUCUGUCCUUUAGGCUACAAUGGUGGAGACACUGAGCAGCUUAGUGCAUGAUGUUUUCCAUGACACCACACAAAAGGAUUGCUUGGACUUUAUUAACCUUGCUUCACAUUGCCAUAGUCUUGGUUGAGAGUGAGUAGAAAGAACUUGUGUGGAAAGAGGAAAGUUAUGAAGAUAUAACAAAUUCAGCGGUAAUUUCAUGUGAUCUUAAGAUUUUAAAGACUGUAUACUCAGGAAUUCUCACAUGCUUCUGAUUUUAUAAGUAGAGUGAGAUCAGCUAGGUUCCUGGAAUCCUAGUGUUCCUAGGUGACAAUAAUUUGGUUGAUACUGCAUCAAUCUUUUGAUUUAAACACCAAGUAUUUACUCUUUCAUGCUGCUUAUAAUAGUUCGAAUUUCUGGUGAA